AUGCGCUUUUUGGUCACGGCUGAACAGGCCAACACGGUUCUGGUCAAGAAAGGAGAGACGGUUCGUCGUUUGGAAACAUCUCUCAACGUCAAGCUGAGUCUGUCGUCGUUCAAGGGCCAGUCGGAUCGAGUUCUCUACAUCACAGGAACCGCUGAAAACAGUAGCAGGGCAAUAGGAGCUCUGGUACGGAUUUGGAGUGACGAUACAACACCAUUUGCAGUUCGAAUGCUCAUUCCAGAGCCACUGAUGAUCAAAGUGGUCGGGUUUCGAGGAACAUCCCUUCAAAGACUUCACAUGAAAAGUGGAGCCAAACUGGAGGCCCAAAAAAGACGCCUGCCUGGCUCGACUGAUAGAUUGCUGGUCGCUACAGGCGUGGCAGACACUUUGCAUCGAGCUGUGUACUUCACUGCCCUGAUAUUCGAAGACUACAAGUUUCUACUUCAUCGAAAAUACCCAUCUUUGAGAAACUACGUGCCUGCUGGUAAGGUCGUGGAAGAGAAGCCCUUUCGGCAAAUGAUGGUGCUAGUCUGCGAUUCGGACUACCUGGAGAGGCUGAAGAAAGGCGAGCUGAAGGUGGACGUUAACAAGUUGCAGGUAGUUGGUUAG